AUGGAAGGCGACAGCCCAGUCGUGGCCGUGACCUCCCCGACCAUACCGACUGACAGCACCCUCGCGGUAUCGCCCACGGCCGAAAAAGCAGCGUCGACCGAAUCCUUCUCGGCACCGGCUGUCCGAAAGCUGGUGACUCUACGCAGGAUCAGCAGGAUCAGGCCGGUCAAGAAUGCAAAGCUGCCAAAAUCGAAAUAUGUGGCCAUCACGGUCGACGGCUGGGAGGUGGUGGUCAACGCAAAACGUGAUCAGCGGCGAUUCAGGGAGGGUCAGUUGGUGGUCUUUUUCCAGAUUGACAGUUUUGUCCCGGAAAACGACGGAAAUUUCUGGGAAGAAAUGAGCACAUCGGCCGAGUUGUUCCAGGAGAGGCGGGGAUUCCGGAUUGGGACCCUCCGGAUCGGAGAGUCGAGCUUGAUAUCGCAGGGCAGGGUCUUUCACCUCGGCGAGUACCCACGCGUCGAGGAGGUGGUCGCGGAGCUCCAGAAAGUGCACGGCGACAAGGAUGGCCUGGAGGUGGCCAUGCAGAGGUCGUUUGACGACGUCCUCGGCGUCGUCAAGUGGGACGUGCCCGAGGAACACAAGGGCGCACACUACGGCCCGCCGCCGCCCAUGAUCCCAAGAACGGCCCUGAAUCGGAUCCAGGACGUGACGCAGCAGCUGUGGGAGCGCCACGCGGCCACCAGGGUGCAAAUCACCGAGAAGCUGGACAGCUGCCCGAUAUCCAUCUACUUUGUGCGCAACGACUCGCCCUUUGCAAAGUGCCUCCCGGCGCUGCACGACUUUGCCGGCAAACCCGACGCCCAGCGGCGCCAGCAACAGCUCUGCGUGUUCCCGCACGGCCGCGUCGGCGUCUGCGCAAACAGGCUGGAGUACGUCUGCGCGCCGGGCCAGCGCUUCUGGGCGGUGGUCGAGAGGCUGGGGAUCCCGGGGCGGCUGGCGCGCGAGGGCCGCACCGCCGUCGUGCAGGGCGAGCUUGUGGCGCCCGACCGCGGUGGCCCGGGCGGGUUUUAUGCCUUUUCGCUCUGGACCGAGGGCGGGAAGCACGGCGGGUUCGACGGCGAGGAGACGCAGCGGGCUGCGCUCCGGCGCAUGGGCGUGCCGCUCGUGCCGCUCGUGGGAUACCGCGCCAUCGGGGAGUUUGCCAGCUCGACGGGGGAGAUGCUCGCCAAGGCGGAUGGUCGUGGGUUCAGGGGCCAGCUCCGUGAGGGAUUCGUGCUCAAGAACGUGAAGGAGAACAUCUGGGUCAAGGUCAUCUCUAAUGCGUGGCUGGAGUGGUAUGAGGAGUGA